AUGGGUCAUAGGUACCAUCGGCGUCUUGCUGGUAGAAUAUCCUACAUCAACCAAUGGGUGAAGUAUUCGUUAUGUUUAGCAAACUUUAUUUUUUUGACUAUUGGAGCAGUGUUUUUUGUGUUUGGUGUGAUUGCAAUUGUUGAAUCUGGAGGUAUACCAUGGAAAUCGAGCAUUACAGCGUUGCAGUGGCUUUUCAACUUGACUGUAAUAUGCAUCGUUGUUGGUGUCAUAACACUAUUUGUUUCAUUGGCUGGUUUUGUUGGUUCCUUACGUGAAAACAGUUGCCUAUUAAAAUUUUAUUAUAGUAUUCUAACGUUGCUUUUUCUAACAGAAGUCAUAUGCUGCGUAUUAUUCUUUGUAUAUCGGGACUCAGCUACACGCAAAUUAGAAGAUUUAAUUAGGACUACCUUUGUUACUCAAUAUCGAGAACUGGGAUUUGAAGAUACAACAAAUUUUAUGGAUUUCAUUCAAAAAGAGCUCAAUUGUUGUGGGCCAAAGUCAUACUUGGAUUGGACAGCUAAUCGCUACUUCUCGUGUAAUGAUUCCAAUGUCAGUCCAGAGGCUUGUGGAGUUCCUUAUUCUUGCUGUCGUCAAAUGAAUAAUAUCAACAUUAAUGUGAUCAACACAUCGUGUGGAUUUGGUGUACAAAAGUUGACUACGACUGCAGCCAGUCGUUUGGUAUGGACAAGUGGUUGUGUUCAAGCCCUUAUUAAUGUAGUGGAGAUUAAUAUAAUUCCUUUUGCUUGUGGAGUUAGCGGUGUAGCUGUAUUGCAGCUUCUGGCUAUUUUACUUGCAAAAACGCUGCACACACAAAUUGGCGAUCAAAUACGUCUGUUACAUCAAGAAACAGCUCAUUUUUAG